AUGUCAAGCCGAAGUCGAAGAACACAACCCGGGGCUCGUCCCAAUUUUCCAUGGUACACAUUCCCAAAUGUGGUUACUCCGGGACUAAUGGCUCAAUGGAAUGGAAGGCUUGCAUGGCUGAGGGAACGUAGGGUGCAUGUGCCACAAGAAAUCAAUUGGACUUGGAUGGUGGAGGUGGGUUUAUCGAAGGCAAUUAAACCAUUCCUUGUACAAUCUUUUGAUGGCACCCAAGGACAGUUUGUGUGUACAGCUUGGAAAAUACUUUUUCAUAUCCAAGAGCCAGUAUACAAGGAGCUUGUUGUGGAGUUCUUAGCCACCGUGGCUUUCCGUAAAAAAAUGGUGUUCAUGAGCCAACAAACCUCACCCUUUGUUUGGGGUGAAAGACGGGAACUUAGCUUGGCGGAGUUUGCUAUGAUGAUGGAACUUUAUCUUCCGUCUGAGAUCCACACAGAGUCGUAUAUUGAUAGUUUAUAA